GCAACUGCGCUCACGUCGCCGCGCAUAAGCAACGGCGACGCUCCGCUCACGCAAGUCAGUCGCUUGCUGACAUUCGCAGGUGUAGGUUGGUUGACAGUGUCGUCUUCUCGCGAUGUCUGAAGUAUUCAAACUGGGUGAUCUAGUAUGGGCGAAGAUGAAGGGAUUCUCGCCGUGGCCCGGCCGGGUGUCAGUUCCUUCGAAGGAUUUGAAGAAGCCCGCGAAUACUAAAAAGGGACCAGUUCAAUGUAUCUUCUUUUUUGGGACAAAUAAUUAUGCAUGGAUAGAAGAAUCCCACAUUAAGCCCUACCAGGAGUAUAAAGAUACCUUAGUGAAAUCUAGCAAAUCUGGCGCAUUCAAGGAUGCAGUGGAAGCUAUAGAAGAUUUCAUCGCCAAAGGAGAGGUAUUCGAGGAUGGUCUGGAUCCGGAUUCCUUGUUCGACAGGCUCAAAGAAGAGACUGUAACCGAGAAGAAACCCGUUGUCAAAACACCGAAGCCGCGCAAAGAGGCUCCUACGAAACCCACUAAGCGUCUAAGUGACAGCGGUACGGGUGAUCGUCGACCGGGUAAAAAGCAGCGGAGGGAAUCAAGCGGUAGCAACAGAGUCGGCAGUGUCAGUCCUACCAUGAACCAUUCUACCCCGGCUAGAAAAACAGGCUCGCUCCUAAACAGACCGGCAAAUAUCGCCAGACCUGUUACACUACCUUUAGACGUCGAAACGAUGUCACAAACUCUCAAGGAGAAGAAUAUUCUUCCAUCAAAUCUGAAAUUUGGUUUUCUCGGACUCGGUAUCAUGGGCAGCGGUAUCGUGAAAAAUUUGAUCAACAGUGGUCAUAGCGUGAUCGUGUGGAAUCGAACGCAGGAGAAGUGCACAGAUUUCGUGAAAGCAGGAGCUGAGCAAGGAUUGACCCCAUCUGAUGUCGUCCUCGCUGCUGAUAUCACCUUUUCAUGCGUAGCUGAUCCUCAGGCAGCAAAGGAUAUGGUUUUUGGUAACUGCGGUGUUCUAAUGGAAAUAUCAUCUGAGAAGAGCUAUGUCGAAAUGACUGGCAUUGACGCGGAAACAUCGCAAGACAUUGCCGAGGCGAUAAACGGCAAGGGUGGCCGCUACCUUGAGGCUCAGGUACAGGGGAGUAAAACACAAGCGCAAGAAGGUACUCUUGUUAUUCUUGCUGCCGGAGAUCGGUCGCUCUUCGACGAAUGUCAAUCUUGCUUCGAGGCAAUGGGCAAGAAUAGCUUUUACCUUGGCGAAGUCGGAAAUGCUUCCAAGAUGAAUCUGGUACUUCAGUUGAUGGCUGGCGUCACUCUCGCAGCUCUGGCCGAGAGUAUGGCACUUGCCGAUCGUGCUGGACUCCAACAGAAAGACGUUUUGGAAGUUCUGGAGUUGACAUCUUUGGCGUGUCCGGCAAUUCUUGAAAAAGGCAAAGCGAUUAUCGAAGGUGGUUUCCCAACUCAGCUACCGCUGCAGCAUAUGCAAAAGGACCUGCGAUUGUCAUUAGGCAUGAGUGACCAGUUGGAGCAACCUUUACCGCUGGCUGCCGCGGCGAACGAAGUGUAUAAACACGCAAAGCGUCUUGGAUAUGGCGAACACGACGCCUCGGCCGUUUAUAUUAGGGCCAGGUUCUAACGCAGCAUGCGCUUCGUGUUAUUGUCACCGAGCUUCUUCAUAUUUAUUGCAAUACCUGACGUUGUUUCCCGCCGCUAAGAGAAUGAGAAAAAGAGAGAAAAAGAAAGAACAUUGCUGCAUACAUCAAAUGUAUAUUUUUUUGUUUGCUAUAGGUCGACGAUUUCAAAAGAUAUACACGCCGUCAAUUUUAUAAACAUUUGUGAGAUUUUAUGGAAGGUAGAAAAUGAAGGAUGCAAUAAAGAAAAAAAUUAUAGUAAAUCGUAGAACAGCUUUAUCGACGUGCGUUGCGAAGAAAAAUUUUAUAGCAUUUUAUAGAAUUAUUUUUAUUUCUCAUACAUUACGACAAUGAAGAUUUGAAUUAUUGUCUACGGCAAUAUUCUUUUUUUAAUGGCAUUGCGAGAUAGCUCUUCACGCGCUUGCCAAUCGAAGAAAUAUUUUUCUUCGCGCGCGAACGGAGGAAUAGCGUCGGUUUGAUUAACAGUUGAGCUUCCGAGUCGCGUUUCGAUUUCAAUCACCCGCGAGAUGCCCACUCGGCUCAGUUUCGACAGAUUCGGAAUGUGUUGAAAAAAAAUGUGCCUUACGCUACCGAUUGAAGGGAAAGGCUUAAUGACAUACGAAACAGCCGCAUUGAAAGUGGCUUCAUGAUAAACGAUACAUUGUAUCGGCGUGUGAGAUUUACCUCAACGACCGGGAGAUUGACGAGCUCGACCACGAACAUGAGAUUGCAGACGAUAGUGACAGUAGCCACGGAAAAACGUAGAGACCGCACGCUUUACGUGGCACAAUUGUAAAGUUGAAAUACAACUAUAAAAGCGUGUGGCUAAUCGAAGCGAUGAUGACGGUAAGGGAACUGAACCUUCCUCGCAUAAUUUCGUCUUCUUUACGAAUUUGAAGAAUAGCUUUUAAUGGACCAUUUUAUAGGCGCACUUUUAUUUUCAUUAGUUUUCUUGAUUUUGUAUAUCGCACUGUACAACGAACAGACGCAUAUUUUAUCUCGCGCUGUUUAUUAGUAACUUAGCAGAUUUAACUGAAAGAUUGAUUAACUAUUUUUCUGAAGAUAUAAGGCAAAAGAUCACAGACAGUAUCGUUCGUGCAGAAAAAUCCUUCUGAAAUCGUCGCGGAGUUUGAUGUCUGAAUCUGAAUUGAAAAAGAAUAGAUGUUACGUUUGUGCUCGCUAACUCGGCUCACUUUUACCGAUGCUGCUGUUGAUUGACAGACCGACAAGCAGCGCGUUAUAAAUUAAUGAAGAACUGAAAAGAAUAUUUACAGAUGUAUGUAUAUUAUAUGUUGCGUCUUCAUGUAUUCAAUUAUAUGCUAGCUCUCAAAGGCUUGGCCUUGAAAACAGCAGCAGAAAUCUGUAUAUCUACAGAUAUAUUUUGUACUUUUAGUCAUUCCAUAGCUUUGAAAAGAGAAAUUUCAAAAUUGAAGUUACGAGCCGAACAUUAUAAAACCUAAAUAAAAAUGUAUAUUGAUGAAUUGUUGCGGAUCACUUUCCCAAACCCUAGCAUAAUUUGUUUUUAGUAUACGGAAGUUUAUUCACAUUGAGCAUUGCGUGUUCGACUUCUCGGAACGAUCCUCGAGACAGCUACCACGAUAACGUACUUUCUCGUACGAGCACAUGAUCUCCGUGAGAAGAAAAUUCUCUUGCAAGAAGAGAAAAGUGAAUGAGCGAGACGUUUCCGUUUUCCCAGGAAAGUGAUUUCGUGGACGACGCGCGACGAAAUCGAGAAUCAUGAGAGAAUUGCGAUUAGAGAUUUUUGGUUAAGAAACUAAAAAAUUAAUGUGCAAAGAAAUAUUUUAGUUACAUUUUAAGAUAAAAUUUUAGAAAAGUCAAUUUCUUCACGCCGAAAUAAAUUUGUAUCCUCUCUAUUCAGUUUUACGAGAAGUUUUGCCAAACAAUAAUAGAUCUUUUGUAAUAAUUGUUGAACAUAAAUUUUUUAGAUGUUUAACAAUUAUCAGUAAUUAUUACAGAGCCUAGCGAUAUGAAAAUUGUGAUUAUUGAUUGUUCCGAUAGAAAUGCGCAAAUUUAUUUUCUAAAUUGCUUCAACAAUAUAUUGUCUUUUUACACUGCGAGUUAAAAUCUAGCGUUUAAUGUUUAAUUAUAACUUUUAUGGGAAAAAAAAUUUAGAGAAAUAAAAAAUUUCAGCGAAGAAUUAAAGCAAAAUUAUUCCUAUGUUGAGAAAUUAACCUUUUUCUUUUAGGCGACAGAUAAGAUUAUCUGCCCUUUUAUCUACGACAAAAUCUCGAAAUUGAACGGAAAAUUGUGUCGUUUACUCGACACAGAUCUUAAAUUUAUAUAAGCGGGAAAUUGCGUAUAGCGUAUAGCUGAAAUAACAGUGGCUUGGCGCCAUAUCACGUGCGACAACAUCUAAUUAGACACGUACACAAUCAACAGUUAAAUAACAACAUUACAAUGGCAAAUCGUAUGUGUAUGAAUCUGCAACAUGUGAGGUGAAGAUAGAAGAAAAUAUAUUCUACUGUAUAAGAAAACAAGCAUAAAGGAAGAUAUAUUAUUAGUAAAUAUUAAGUUUACUUAAAAAGAAAACAGGAAAAAAAAACAGUAAAGAACAUAAUGUGGGAGUAAUUAGUGUGAGUGCGAGCGAAUGAAUGAGAGUAUACAUUAUGCGCGUUACGUCGGUAUCAGACGUUAUAUGUUUUGUCAUGGAUACACUAUGGUUUUUGAAUAAAUAUCUAUUUGACCUAUGAAA